AGGCGUUUGCCCGCAGCAUCGCGAGGAGCAGACCCAUCUCCGGGCUCGCGGGCGAGCAAGCCCCGCGUGCCGGGGAAACGCCAAAACCCAGAGAGCAGAACCGGCGCUUUGGGGUAGAAGAGAAAAAGAAACAGGAUUUCAGGAAUUGCUCAGUUUGUAGAAAGAUCCUUCUUGAGGACAUAAGACAGAACUCAAAUCACAGUAAUCCCAAGGCAUAUGUGAGAAGAAGCUAAGAUAUUUCAAGUUAGCUGUCUGCUGUGACAGUGCAUUCCACUGUAUUCAUCACUAAAUCCUAGAUCUGAAACAAAAGCAGAUUUGACUUUGGGAAAUCUGUGUCUCUGGAAGUCCAAACACUUCCAUACUGGAAUAGUGAAGUUCAGCGGCUGAGCACUACUAAAUGGCAGGUCUGUUCCUGACCUGGGUGUGCUUCUUCCAAAACUAAAGAGGAAACAAGGAACAAACCUACCUUCCUUCAAAGUAAUACUUGGCCUCCAGUCUAUGUCUGGGCAGACCUGCAUUUCCCAGCACUACUAUGACGAGCUGAGCAAGAAUGGAUGCGACAUAAACCAGAAGGUUUGAAGACUUAGUCACCAAUCUUGAUGCACUUGCUGUUGACACUUUAUUUCCAAACACUUGAAUUAUUUCAGCAUUUCUGACAAAGGAAGAUGACCUCUACUGCAGGGAUACCACCAUACUAUGAAAAUCAUGGCUUUCAGUCAGAAAACUUCCCCCCUGCCAGGCAACCAGUAGGUGCUAAGGGAUAUCCACAGUACCUCUCUCCAAAUAUUCCAUCAGUGCCAAACUACGUUCCAAGAGUUGCUACCUGGCAGUCGAGUCGGCCGGUGGCACAUUCGACCAGGAGAGCCUGUGCACCAACUACAAAGAAGAUCAUAAUAAUUAUCAUAUCCAUUUUACUAGUCAUAUGUUGUAUAAUUGCUGCAUUCUUCAUUUGGUAUUUUGUGGAAAAUCGCUGUCUUGGCUCCUUGAUAGAGUGCAGCAAUUCAGGAGUGUGCAUGUCGCCCUCGCAGUGGUGUGACGGGGUGAUCCACUGCCCCAACGGCGAGGAUGAAAAUCGGUGUGUUAGACUUUAUGGACCAGACUUUAUUCUGGAAGUUUAUUCACCUGUCAGCAAGUCCUGGUAUCCUGUUUGCCUUGAUGGCUGGAAUGACGAUUAUGGAAAGAUAGCAUGUCAAGACAUGGGCUACAGUGCAGGUACAUAUUACUAUAGUAAAGGAGUAGCACCAGAAGUUGACUCUAAAAGCUUUAUGAUGCUGAAUACAAGUGCUGAGAAUAUAGAUUUGUACAGGAAGCUCUAUACCAGUGACUUCUGUGUCUCAGGAAAUGUGGUUUCUCUGCGCUGCAUAAAUUGCGGCCUCCCCACCAAAAAUGCAAACAUUAUGAGCAGGAUCGUGGGCGGAAAUCUUGCAUCGCUUGGCCAGUGGCCGUGGCAGGUCAGCCUCCACGUGCACGACGUCCACAUCUGCGGGGGCUCCAUCAUCACCCCUGAGUGGAUAGUGACCGCUGCGCACUGUGUGGAAGGGAGAUAUUCUAACCCAUACAGCUGGAAAGUUUAUGCUGGGAUCCUGAAUCAGAAAGAUAUGAUCUUCAUAAAUGGAUACAAUGUGCAAAAAGUAAUUUCCCACCCAGAUUAUGAUGCAGAUUCUAAAGACAACGAUGUCGCUCUCAUGAAGUUAGAGACCCCAUUGACUUUUAAUGACAAUAUAAGGGCAGUUUGUCURCCCAACCCGGGAAUGAUGUUCGAGCCCAAUGAGGAGUGCUGGAUAUCUGGGUGGGGAGCAGAGGCUGAAGGAGGCAAAACAUCAGAUAGCUUGAGGUGUGCUAUGGUGCGCUUAAUAGAACAUUCUAGAUGUAAUUAUGUCUCUGUCUAUAAUGGGAUGAUUUUGCCUACAAUGAUCUGUGCUGGAUUUCUCAGAGGAGGAGUUGAUUCCUGUCAGGGUGACAGUGGAGGUCCUUUAGUGACUAAUAAAAACUCUUUGUGGUGGUUGGUUGGAGAUACCAGCUGGGGAACUGGCUGUGCUAGUCCAAACAAACCUGGAGUUUAUGGGAAUAUGACUGUGUUUACAGACUGGAUUUAUAAAAUCAUGCAGGCAAACAGAUGACAACAUUCUCUGUCCUUUUUGCUGAUUGAUGUUACUGAGAACAAACCUAAAUGAAGCCGUGGGUGCCCGGGAUAUUUAUUCACCUUACAGAUGAUUUUUCUUUCUGAAUUUUAUUUUUAAAAAGCAACAUGAAGGAUCACACGCUCGGUUCUGUGCUGGUUACAGUGACUGAUUUAAUCAAUGAAGAUCUAUCACAAUAAGCACCUCUCUCCUGAAUGUGGUGCCUGGCAGAAAGCUGUUCUGCUUGGAGAAAGCAGAAAGUCAACUGCUUACUCUGUUUUAAGUAACUUUCACUGGAUAAUCAUCAGGUGCACGUUCAUAAUGACAAUCGUGAUCACAAUUUAACUUCAGGUUUUUGUAGCAGGAUGUUGAGGCAGUUGGUUUAGUCAUGUUUAAAAUGAUGUGAACAUAGAAUCUCUGAGCUGCUGGUUGGCAUUUUAAGGAAAAAAGUGAUUUUUUUUUUUCGAUAUAUACGGAAUAUAUGAAGGGAAGAUUUCAUGCACUACAAUAGAGGCACAGAAGAAAUACUGUACAUUUAACCUGUUAAAAAUCCUCAGGAUCUUGACAGCUGUUGUCCAGGUCAGAUCGUCCAAGGCAAGAUCCACCUGACCACCUCAGUAAUUAAAAGCGCUGUCCUGCCUUAAGCCACUGUGAAUCCCUGAAGGACGAGAGCUGCCGUCGCUCCAGGCUGCAGCAGGGAGCAGCGGGAUAGGGGUCCUGUUGGGGAGGUCGACAACUGCUCCCAUCAGAGCACGCCUCCCAAAGGGCAAGGUUUGCUCUGUUUAUUAUAGCUGUGUUGCAAGGGACAGGCCUCGGCUUGCAGCUGUGCGUGCAGAGGCUGGAGGUUAUGUGCAAAGAACACACAGAUCUGUGUCUGCCUAACCAGAUGACUACCUCAUUCAUUAAAUUUGGCUUUUAAUUCCUUAAAGCUCUCCUCCUUAAAGAAUCUGCAUGUAUGUUUUUAGUGAAAYGUGUUAAGCAUCAGAGUGCUGUCUUAGCUAGGAUUAAAAAAAAUAAUAAUAAUUUAUAAUCAUAGUACAGAGGAUCAAGAAGCCAUAACAAGUUACUUUUGAUAAAAAGGAUGCAUGUUUUGUGUGAAA